AUGGCAGCCAACACAUCUUCUUCCUCCUCUUCUUCGGCGGGAAUUUCGUUACCCGAAGCACUAAGGGCUAAAUACACAGACAGCACAGCGGAGCAAUAUGAACACAUCUUUAUUUCUGGUCAAGGAACAAAAGCUGCUCCAGGUUCUCUCUUCAUUCCAACAUGUCUGACACUCAAUGACUGUGGUAUAAGCACUGCAGGGAAUGCUGGGGAAAUAGAACAGUUAUGUACCGGGGUAAAAGAGUUGGAUCUGACAUUGAACAACCUGCACUGCUGGAAAGAGGAGGAAAUUUUUUAUUCCAAUCCUCUAACACAUUCCAUUCCUUCUGAUCUUCUGGACUCUGUUUCCUUAGCAACCAUCAAAAGAUUAGUUCUGAACAACACACAUGCACCAUGGGACGCAGUUCAUCAGUUGCUAAGCAACAUGCCUAGCCUAGAGGAGGUGUUGCUUAGUCUGAAUGACUUUGUGACAGUCUCUUCUCCUGAUAACCCAUAUACCAGCAUCAAAAUGUGCCAGUUCAACAGCAAUGGUGUUACAGACUUCGCUGAAGUUUGCAAACUUGGGAAAAUGUUCCCCAUGAUGGAAAAUCUUUACUUGGCAGAGAACAAAUUUUCCGACCUGUCAGGUGAGGUUGCGGAAUGCUUCCCGCAGUUGAAAUCACUAAGCAUAAGGGAUAACGCAAUUGACAGUUGGGAAAGCAUAGAUAAAUUAAAAGAAUUUCCACAUUUGUGUGAUGUACGGAUGAAAGGGUUGCCGUUAGCAAAAACCAUUCUGGAAAAUGAGAGGCGCCCUCUAUUGGUGGCUAGACUGCCUAAGAUUGUUCGGUUGAAUGGCAGCCCUAUUCUGGAUGAGGAAAGAGAAGAUGCUGAAAGAAUAUACCAUGAGCUGGUGGACAUCUAUGGAAAACUUGAUCCUCUGGCUGAAGUUGACCUCUCCCCACCAGAAGUGGCUCAGUGCUUGGUCAAAUUUAGGGAUGAACAAAAACUAAUGAACAUCAAUCUCACCCAAACGGUAUCAGAGUUGAAAAAACACUUAAGAGACUUUGUUGGUCUUCCACCGUCUAAGUUCCUGCUUGAUUAUUUGGAUCCCGAAUGUCCACAAGGGUCGACGGAGAUGAAAUCCAACAACAGACGUUUAUAUGCAUAUAAAAUGAAGGAUGGGGACGAGAUACAUAUUUUUAAAAAAGGUUUCUUUCUAGAAUAG